GCUGAUUUUUUGAAAGGAUUACCCGUCUACAACAAAAGCAACUUCAGCAGAUUCCAUGCGGACUCUGUAUGUAAAGCAUCGAAUAGAAGACCCUCAGUAUACCUUCCCACGAGAGAAUAUCCCUCUGAACAAAUCAUUGUGACAGAAAAGACAAAUAUCCUUUUGCGUUAUUUACAUCAGCAGUGGGACAAAAAGAAUGCAGCAAAGAAGAGAGAUCAAGAGCAAGUGGAGAUAGAAGGUGAGAACUCGGCGCCGCCACGGAAAAUCGCUCGGACAGACAGCCAGGACAUGAACGAGGACACUUAAACUCUUGGCUCUCUCCUCCUCCUCCUUUGCAGGCGCUUCCUGUUUUGUCUCAAAGUGUGUAAAUUUUGCCCCUCGCCCCCAUCUUUCCCCCUCCACUACUCAGCCCAAACCACUUCUGAUUUCAUGUAUUUAUUUUUAUUUUUUUUUCCCCCCCCCUCUCCAUUUUUUUUUUAUUUAUGCCGUAAAACUUACGGAGCAGUGGUGGAACAACCCAGUAAAUGAUGUAGUAUAACCUUCAUUCCUCCUUUCUAAACAAAUCUACACUGUCACUUUCACAGGUUUUGUUGAAUCUGUUGCUAAUCAACCAGGUCUAGCUCUGGGAGCCCAGG